AAAAGAAUACCCUUGUAAACCAAAACAAUAUUACACAAUUACUGGAUUAACAAGAUAUGAUAGAUUGUGUGACAAAAGCAAAAUUUGGGCACCCAUUAUUACACCUAAAGGAAAACGCAGAUGAGGUAGAUUAAAACACAACUGGUAUACUUAUUAAUGACUUGAGAAACUGAAACUAAAACACGCCCAAGCAUUAACUAUCAAGAGUAAUGACACUUACCACUAUAUAAAUUAACACGCCCAGUUGGGGAAAUACUCCAUUGCAAGAGAAGCACCUUCAUCUAACAUUAGUAUAACAAACGAUGGCUUAUUCUUCCCACAAAAUCCUCUCCAUUGCUCUUCUUAUGCUGAUUUCCGUUCCCUCUUCAUUGGGUCGCCCACAAAAAUCAGAAACGGAAACAGACCUGAGGGAUCUCUGCUCCAAUACCCGGAAGCCAAAACAGUGCUGGAAGAUCAUCAAACCCCAGCUCAGCAGCUUCGACGUGACGGAUAGCAGGAGCGUGGCGGGCGCCGUCAUCGACCUAGCAGUGGCAAAAGCCCAAGAAAUCCACGACAAACUUAACCAGCUUUUCCAGGAUUCCAGAGACGAUAAGUUGAAGGAGAAGUAUAUAUCCUGCUCCAAGAAUUAUAACGACGCCAACCGCAACCUCGAUCUGGCAAAGAGAAACUUGGAUUCCAAUGAUUAUCAGAAUAUCCCGGUUCAGGUGGAUGACACUCUGGAAGAAUUGAAGAGCUGCAGGCAUGAAUUUGACAAGGAUUCAUUCGACCCGGCCCAUAUCAAGAACAGGAAUAAGGAAUUCGGAGUUUACGUGGACAUUGUUAAGGUUGCCACUGACCGUUUGCUGAGGGAAGAUGAUCGUCUCCAAGAAAAUGCUCGUCACUGAAAGCAAUUCAAUAUUGGGAGUGUCCUUCUCUCAAGAGAUCUAUCUAAUCUACAGGCUUCAAGUGCAAAAAUUAUUGUACAAACUAUUAAUACAAGUAUAAUUUGAAAUAAUUUCUCAGAGAGCCUAU